UGACAACAUAAACACAUGUUUUUAUUUGGUUAGAAUUUAGAUUUCUUUUCAAUUUUGUGAUUAAGUUUUAAAUUUAAACUAACAUGUUUUACUUAAUUGGAUUAGGAUUAGGAGAUCCCAAAGAUAUAACAGUUAAAGGAUUAGAAAUAGUUAAAAAAUGUGAUAGAGUUUAUUUAGAAGCCUAUACCUCUAUUUUAACAUGUGGAGCUGAAGAACUUGAGAAGUUUUAUGAUAGAAAAUUAAUUAUAGCUGAUAGAGACCUAGUAGAACAGGGUGCUGAUGAUAUACUAGCAGAUAGCGGAGAGAAAGACGUAGCUUUGCUAGUAGUCGGAGAUCCUUUUGGAGCAACAACACAUACUGAUCUCAUCCUCAGAGCAAAAGAAAAAGGCAUAAAAUUCCAAGUUGUACACAAUACUUCCAUAUUAAAUGCUGUGGGCUGUUGUGGUUUACAGUUAUAUUCUUUUGGGGAAACUGUUUCAAUUCCCUAUUGGACAGAGACUUGGCAACCUGAUAGUUUCUUUGAUAAAAUAGCGAAUAACUAUAAAAAUCAAUUACACACCCUAUGCCUGCUAGAUAUAAAAGUUAAAGAACCAACUUUAGAAAGUCUUACCAGGAAGAAAAGAGAAUACAUGCCUCCUAAGUUUAUGACUGUCAGUGAAGCUGCAAAACAACUUCUCCAAAUAGUUGAAAAUAAAAAAAGUGAAGAGUUAAUCAUCGGAGAAAAAGUUAUGUGUAUUGGUUUAGCUAGAGUUGGUUCUGAAACCCAGCAAAUUAUAACGUGUAAUUUAAGAGAAAUGUCUGAAGUUGAUUUAGGAGGACCUUUACAUUCCCUGAUUGUUGUUGGACCUACUCUUCAUCCCUUGGAAGUGGAAUAUUUGCAGCAAUUUAGUUUAAAGAAAUCCUAAUAUUUUUAUAUAAUUUAAAUAAGCAUUAAAUCUAUAAAAAUUACUUUAUUUUCACUGAAGUGUUUUCAUAAAUAAUAGAAGUGUCUAUUUAGUGCACAUUCCUGGACAUUUAAAUUUGUGUUGACUCGAAAUACUUAUGAUCAGGCCCAGAUUAUCUCUCUUUGCCAAAAUCCGCUUAGUUUUAUAAGAUUUCAGGGAUUUGGUGGAAUCAUUGUAUAAAAUUUCUUUUUUAUUAUUCUUAGUGUCAAGAUUACAGUAGAGCAAUUACUAUUAUCACUGAAAUUGUGACAUUUGGGAUAUUUUUGAGUUCCCUUUUAAUAAAAUAAUAAUAGAUUUGUUAAAAUUUUAAUAACAAUGGCAACACUUAUAUGUUUAGUUUAGUUUUUCUAUGCUUAUGUGUUUAUUUAAUAAAAACCUAUGUACUGUAAAUAUAUAUGCACUGAAUAUAAG